UGGGAAACGCCGGGCCCAGAGUGAAUGUGAGAUAUUGUGCCAUAAAACACAGGGAGGUCCAGGAUGAGAGGAGAGGUGAUUUCACCUCGAGGCAGAGCGAACAGACAACAAAUUGAUCCCUGUGAGCUUGUCAAUGGAUGAAAAAUUGUUAGAAAAUGAAAUCACCAAGCUGCUGUAGACAUUUACAUCAUGUUUUAGAGCAGAGAAGAUGAACAGACGCUCCAUGUCAUGACAUAAGAGUAGAAGAGGGAGGUUUUAUAAUCACAGGGUGGUACUGCACACAGCUCAGAUGUAAGGAUGUUCCACAAUGAGGUGUAUAUUUAUCAUGUUUUAUGACAUCUGACAUAAAAAUGACUAAGACUGUAUUCUCCAAGUGUUUCUAUUCCACUGAAUUUCCUGGUUGCAAUUUAAAUGUAAAAGCUGCAGUCAUCCCUGAGUUCAUGAUGAAGUGAUAAUUGUGCUUAAAGCAGAGCGUAUUGCUGGAACAUCCCGAUUUAACAUCCUGAUGUGGAGUGAAAAAAGAAAAGCUAGAGAGAGAGAGAGAGAGCUGGUGGGGGAGGGAGGGCGUAUGUGUGAAAAAAGGUGGUGGGUUUGCUGCUGUUCAUCCCACAUCCCACCCGUGUGUUUGAGAGACAUGCUGUGUGUAAAAGCUGGGUAGCCAUGGUGUGGGUGUAUUCCUCCGUGGCCCUGAUCUCUGUAAUAUGAGUGUAUUCUGAGUUGUGUACCCCAACCCCCACCCCACUUUAUCUUAUCCAGCCUGCCGUGAGUGUCAGUCAGGAGCUUCCCUGCAGAACUUGUUACUCUGUGAAGAUCUCCCAUGUGCAGCGUUCACCGGAUAAAGUGUGUGCAGUCACCCGUGGGUUAGAUGUGGGGUCAUAAGUGGCUGUUAGUGCAAUCCCAGGAGAAAAAGGAGCAAAUGCAGUGCAUUUGUAAAUGUCCACUGCAGAUUAAACAUAGAGCAAAUAGUGUGGAAGAUAUAAUAUAUGGGUUUGGAAUGAUAAAAAGAGAAUCCUUCAUAGAACAUAGAUGAUAGAGGUGUAAAAUACCUUUCUCUGUUCUUAUUUCUAUCAGGAAGAAUUCAGUAUUUUCAUGAUCUUGAAAAGAAUCAGCCUUUUUUUCUUAUAGGCCAAAAUGUGCCUUCAGUGUGCUUAUUUUAGAGUCAUUUCAACAUCUUAGCUGCUGCCUCACACAUUUGAUCACUUGAGGGAAAAAAAAACAAGAAAAAAAACUGUCAAAUCAGGCGAAUCCUCUUCCCUCCUCCUCCUAAAUUGUCUGUCUUUGUAGUACCACUAGGCAACAGUGCGUGCAUCAUUGGAAACGUGGAAGUGCGCAGGAGCCGCGCAGGGAAAUUGACGGGAAACGAGGAUCCAAGGAGCCUUAAAAAAGAAAAGAUCAUCCAGUGGAUCUCUCCGCCUGAAUCAUGAAAAAUCAGUCGACAUUUCUGUAAGAGAUGCCCGAGAAGAACCUGGCCACUAGCGUCGAUGCGCGCAGCCAAAAAUGACGACAGUGGGACAGUGAUUUUUUCCCUCCAGCUUGUCAUUUUUACUCUCAUGCUCGGAUGCAAUCCAUCUCCUAUGUGUACACAUCACAGAAGAAGGACUGGAAACCAGAUCAUCUCCAACACAAGCGCGCACAGAGACGUUUUAUCCUGGGAACCGUUUCCAACGACUGAUUACGCAGAGAUUUUGCUGUUUCAUGGGCCGGUGAGGGAUAUUGAACUUUUGCACGACAACUAACUGUGUGAGUACAGUUUUGAACAGGUCGAUACAGCCCCAACCUUCACGGGCGAUGAGUAAUCCACGACGCAGCAACUGAUAAACCUGUAAAACCUGGACUGCGACUGGCGCGUUUGGAUACUUCAUCCUGUGCGUCUUUUUUAUUUCAUUCACAUGGCUUCUAUCAUCGAGGUUUGUAAAGAACUGUUACAUUAUUGACGUUUCAUGGCUGUAAGGUGUAGCAACAGUAGUGUGUGGCGAAAGGGGACGGUGCAAGACUAACUAGUGGCGAAGACAGCGCACUUUUAUCGCCUUAUUUCCAAAAGGGGAGACGUUGCGCACGGGCACUGCAGCAACUACAAGCCACACUGUUUUUAUUUUUCAUCAUUGAAUCCUUUGUUAUCCCUUCUGCUGCUGUCAUCGUAGUAUGUCUGCACUUCGAAAGAAAUUUGGGGACGAUUAUCAGGUAGUGACCACCUCAUCUAGCGGGUCUGGAUUUAACCAGCCUCCCCCGGAGAAAAAGAAGAAGAGGCAGCGCUUCGUGGACAAGAACGGGCGAUGUAACGUCCAGCAUGGGAACCUGGGUGGUGAAACCAGCAGAUACCUCUCAGACUUAUUCACAACGCUUGUAGAUUUGAAAUGGCGCUGGAAUCUGUUUAUUUUCAUCCUCACCUACACGGUGGCUUGGCUCUUUAUGGCCUCUAUGUGGUGGUUCAUCGCGUACAUCAGAGGAGAUCUCAACAAAGCACACAACGACAAGUACACUCCAUGUGUGGCCAACGUGUACAACUUUCCCUCAGCCUUCCUCUUCUUCAUAGAGACCGAAGCCACCAUAGGAUAUGGGUACAGAUACAUCACAGACAAAUGCCCCGAGGGGAUCAUUCUCUUUCUUUUCCAGUCGAUCCUCGGAUCGAUCGUCGAUGCCUUUCUGAUUGGCUGCAUGUUCAUCAAGAUGUCUCAGCCCAAGAAAAGGGCCGAGACGCUGAUGUUCAGUGAACAUGCGGCGAUCUCCAUGCGAGAUGGGAAACUAACUCUCAUGUUCAGGGUCGGCAACCUGCGUAACAGCCAUAUGGUGUCUGCACAGAUCCGCUGCAAAUUACUCAAAGUAAGUCAUGCCAUCUUUAGUCAAUAAGGGGAAAAGAUUUGAGUUCUGAUGUGGUUUUUUUAUCUGUUCAGAUCAAAUUUGUUUUUUUAUUUUAUUUUUGUAGAGGGCAAUACACCAAUAUUUAAGCCUACCCAUCACUUUACGGGGAAACUUUGAAGACAAAGCCUCAUCCUCUUUAACAAACGUCUAAGAGUACAAUGACACACAAAAAAAUGAAGACCACAAGUAACGAUGACACCAUCAGACAUGCUCCUCCAAAGUUAGAGCACAGAAGGCUUUUUAUCUUCUCCAAAAAUAUUCAUAUUUUAUAGACAGGAUAGAGAAAAAUGUAACCCUCCCCAAGUUUACAAGGAGGCCUUUCCAGCAACGAAAUAUCAGACCUUAGGAAUAAAAUGUUGGUCCUGUACCCUUUAAGUCCUAAAGAAGUGUAACAGGUGGUGAUUAAAGUGCUGCUACCUCUUAAUAGGAGGAAAAUAUCCAUGAAAAUCUGUACUAAUCCUCCUGAUUUAACAAAAUCAAUAGCAAAUGUUAAAAAAUAAGUUUUUAACACCAGUCCACCUGUUAAUUUAUUGGAAUAUAGUGAUAGUAAAUAAGAUUAUGUGAACAGUUUCAUUCAGAUUAAGGUGAGACGAAACUCUAAUUCAAAGAAUUACUGCAAUCUAAUCCAAACUAUGAAAUGAAAAAAACUCAUUGUUGUUUUGGUUGUUUGAAGCUUGUGUAAACAUUUGGUGAGUGUAGGCAGUUCAAGUAACAUGUUUUAGUCAUUUUUGGUUUGGUGUAAUGUAGGAUACAUGUACCUGCAGGACAAAAGCCUUCCUGGAUGGCAUCCUGGAAAAUUGUAGAAAUGACCCAAUGGUCUGACUGAUGGUUGCUCUGAUUGCACCUUACUUGUGAGAAAGUCUCACACAGCCUCUAUAUAAGAUGCACAAAAGUAUGUCUUACCCCCUUUUCCCCCCUCCACCAAGCAUCUCUGUCUCUUGUCUCUUCUUGUACGCUUCCCCAGUCUCGCCAGACGCCCGAAGGCGAGUUUCUUCCGCUGGAUCAGUUGGAGUUGGACGUGGGUUUCAGUACUGGGGCAGACCAACUCUUCCUCGUCUCGCCACUCACAAUCUGCCAUGUGAUUGACACCAAAAGCCCCUUUUAUGACCUCUCCCAGAGGUCCAUGCAGACGGAGCAGUUUGAAAUCGUAGUGAUACUUGAAGGGAUAGUGGAGACGACAGGUGAGUACCCACAGAUGUACACUUUUGUGCUUUUGGAAAUGAGUUCUUUAACUACAUGAGGCUGAAUCUCAGGUCAUAGAUUAUGUAUUUUAAGGCUGGCACAAUGUUUUUUUAGCAAUACAUCUCAUAAAUAAUAUUUAGAGACAUCGUGUUGUUGACAGCUGAUGCCUUUAAGGACUCGCACUUGACAUCUUGAUUGCGUCUCAUUGAUUUUUCCUUCUGUGGCAAACUUACAGCACAGCUAAUAAUAGCAGUGUUUAACAUUUAUACAUAAUAGAUGAUUGCUUUUGUCUUGUGGGCAUUACAAGCUACACUUUUAAUCCCUGCAUUUUUGGUUUUCGGGGGAAAGGACAGAAGUUUCGAGCUCUGUAUGAGUAUCAGGCGCACAAACACUUCAGCAGGUCACUUUUGGGCUAUAAACAUUUUCUUUUCCCCAUCUGAAACAAAUUCCAUCUCCUGCUUUUGUGCCCGCACAGCACUUACUUCAGGGCUGCUAUUCUCGCAGGGGAUAAUAAUUUCCUUUCUAGGGUCCCUUUGGAAUUAGGGAAUCCCAUUUCCACAAGAUGAGUAAUGCCUGAAGUAAAAAUCCUCCACUGUGGUCAUUUUAAAUUCAAACCGUUUAUUUGACACAGCUGAUGUAGUGUGUGAGGAGAGAGCUCUUUUCAGUGCUAUAGGGCUGAAUAGUUGUAAAAGGGUGGCUGAGAGAAAGCAGCAUAUGGAGAUGUGACAGGGAGGCUUACAGGCUGGCUCUGCAGACAGCAAUUAGCAGAUAGUUAGUGCCGGGUCUUACAGUCUCUUUGCCGCUGAGAGUAUUUGACAUAAAAAUCUGCAGUUUAUGACUUGCAGCAUUUACUUUGAGAUGCUUUGACAGUAUUUUGCAUAUUUAGACACACAUGUCACAUGCAUACAUAUUGUUAAAAAUAUAGUAUGAGUAUUGUGUGUAAACAUUUUAGAGUUCAGCCUGCUUAUUGUUGAAAGGAGAGGAUUUCUCUCAGUUUAUGUGGUCUCACAUUGCUCUCAAUAUGUCAUUUUUAAUAGCUAGGAAUACAGGGCUGUGUGCAGGCUAUUUUGGUUUUGAGGAAUAAUUGUUUUCGCUGAUAUUUCAGCAUAAAAUUAUAGAGGUACAGUAGUUACCAAAGAAGCACAUGUCCCCCUAUAAUAGUCAUACUAUUACCUCUGACUGAGCGAUUUUGGGAGAGUCGCCUCUCACGCUUUCACGUCACAGAAAUGUCUGCAUCCAGGGACAGUCGAGCCUAUGUGAAGUUGGUUUCGAAAGGCUGAUGUAGAAACAAUCUAUGGUUAAAAAUUUAUGUACAGUGAAAGUCUAAAUCCUCAGAUGCUUUCAUUUCUGGCCAAUGUAACUCUGUUUCCAUGGCAACCUCUCCUUGAGUAUUCAGGAUUGCAGCACUGCACCUAAACUUAGAUAUUUUUUUAUUCCUAUGGUAUAGGGCUCACAACACAAUUUCAGUAAUAAUAAAAGCGGGGCAAACAUGUGAUGCCGAACAUGGAAUGAAAUUGCUUUUUUGUUGACAGCAUCACCUGGUAUUAGAGCGGAUCUCCGCUGAGGUCUAUAAUAAUCAAAGAGGGCCUGGUACUGUACAAGAAAGUGUUGGCUGGAACAGGUGAUACAGCAGAGAAAGAAUAAGAUGAAAUAUUUAUGAGGCUUGUUGUUUACUAGCAAGGAUGCUGCCUAACUCCCCAGAUCUUUUUUUAUUUGUUAUGUGUGAAAAAAAAGUCUGGAACACGAGUUAAAACACUCUGUACUGCAGAUUAAAGCUUGCACAAUCACCAGCUUUUGCUCCCUCUUACCUGAUAAUGACAAAGCACAUGGGAGUACCCUUUCUGGUGUUGUUACCUCUUGUUCCCUCAGAUCACACACAUAUUUCGGUCCAACUGAAGUUUCUCUCUACACAACAAAACAACCCAGGAAGAGAUCGUGUACGAGCUCAGAAUUGUUACAUUUAGCUGUAACCUCUGAUGACCUCUUCAUUGUAUAAAAAGGCAGGAAAGACUCCUCACUCCAUUUGAAAAGGAGCCCAAGAUGUUUUUGAUCACCACCCCGGUGCGUUGCUCGUUCCAAAUGAGACAUGUAGGAUGUCUGGUAGCAGCAUAUUUUCUCUUGGAGUGAUGCCAGUUGUGGCUCUGUGGUAUCAAGUUGCUUUUCUAACACGGCUGCAGGAAGAUGUUAUACCGCUGAGGAUAAAUUAGGUUUACAUCACGUUGCAGUUAAUGUAGUGUACAUGUCUUCUGAAAACACAAGCCAGCUGUGGGGAGGGAGCAGAAGCACAAAUCAGAAGGCUGUAGUUACAAGUUUUGGUUGAGUUAACUGUACAAAUAGAUAAAGCCUCACACGAUUUAAGUCAAUACAAGCACCACAUUCACCAUUCUCCAAGUACCUUUGGAGGUGCUGAGGUGUCAGUGGCUACAGAGCAGAUCUGCAUGUCAGGUAGUUUUGUGUUAAUGUGAACCUCAAGACAAGAACAGACUUAUGCAAGCUUUGUGUAUUGAAAGACAGGUGUUUAGAUAACAAAAGUGAGAUUUAAUACUGCUAAAGCAAAUUACAAGCAUCUGAAGUCCUGCUGAUACUGAAAUCCAAAAAGCGUGGAUGCCAAUUACUAUUGUGAUUAUAAAUGUAAUCUAUGAGGAAAUUUCUGCUACCAUUGAGCUGUGACAAAAGUAUGCACCAAUUAGAUUUUUCAGUUGAACAAGUCUGCAAUGCAGUAGCAUCUGUUCGUUUGCAAUGUGGUGGAAUCUGCUGAACAAACUGAUCACAGUUCAGCUUCUGCUGUCUUCAUAUUACUCCUUAGAAAUGUGCACUAACUUGUUUGUAUCUGUGCACAAGUACUUGCAUAUAUAACACUAAUUAUUCAGCAAGUUUCCUGCUAUAAUAACUCUCAUGCUCCCAUGUUCAUCUGGUAACAUGCAAAUAACUUUCAGCAACGUGUCUUUAUGGUUACACCAAGCCUUAGUAUGAUAUUUAAAUCCGGAUUAGGAAACAGCUUUUUUCUUUUCAUAAGCCAAACUGCUGUUUUUGCUAAAUAAAAACACAUAUGAAAUACACAUAUCGUGUGCUUAUAAGAAUAUCCCUCUAGAGCUGGAUGUAACAGCAGCUACCUUCUCCUAGAACCAUGUAAUGAUGAACUUGAAUCUGAAAUUACAUUUACCUUGUGUUAUGUAAAAAAUAGCUUUUAAUUACUCUGCUAAAAUACCUCAACUUGAGAACCAUGCUGUAAAUACAUUACCAGUACAUGGAUGAAUGCAUAAUAGGAAAAACACUGAAGAAACCUGAUAGUCCAGUGAUAUUUUUAAAUAUCAGAGUAUAGCAGAGUGACAAGUAAAAGCAGCUAGUUCGUCACUUAAAUCUAACAUCUAAACUGUGUGUGUUUAAUGGACAUACUUUUUGUACAUUUUCUAUAAAGUCUGUGUUUAAAUUUUGGAUGAGUGAAAAUCUAUUGUUUUCCCAAUCUUAGUAGAAUUAGCUAACUGUUUUUUUAUUGAAAAAUCUGCCUUGUUAGCUAAUAACAAGGCAGAGACGAGAGGACUACUUCUCUUGAGUUAACCCUGCAUGCUGGAGAUGUACUGUUUGUAAGCAAAAGGCUAGUUUGGUACGCUCUCAAAGCCUUCCCAGAAUUUCUGGUCUGAUUUAAUAACUACUAUGUUAAGCUACGACUUUAAAUAUGAUCUCAGUAUGUUAGAGUCACUUUCCAGCAUUAACUAGUUAACUUAUCAUCCCGUAGCUUAUCCUCCACCCCUUUUAACCUCUGACACAAACGAAGUGAUGAUAGCAAUAAUGCCACAUUAAAGGCUACGGGACUGCUGUUUCGGCAAUAUGGUGGCUGUUUCAUUAGUGGUGUCCCAAUUCAGGGGCUGCUUCCUUCAAAGAGUACAUCUCAAGACUAACUGUGUCACAGCUGCACUUUGAAAGCUGCCCCAUUCCCGAGGCUCCUUCAAUGAAGGGGGACACAAAUGUUGAAGUAUGAAAGGGGCGUGAAAACUUCAAAUCAUCUUUGAAAUAAUAGGUUACAUUUUGUGAUGUUAGUGACCAGUAUGUCCCUAGUUCUGGUACUGCUUUUAAGGUUGCUAGGCGACAGGAGCAGGGUCCAAGAUUGACAGGGUAAGGGCGGAGAUAGUUGAUGACACAAACAAGAAAUCUUCCAUAGAAAAGGAAGUCUCCCUCCGUGUGGCCUGAGUGGUCUACCCAGGCUUCAAAGACUGAAAUUUGACCAUAGACUGCACGUAGUGUUUGGCAGGUUUGCAAGUUAGAGAGUUUUGAAGCCUGUUGGUGGCGGUCACAAGUGAACAUUAGGUCAACCUAGCAGAGGCGGGCCUUUAACUUUCUUAUAAAUUGUUAAAGUGUGCUUGCCUGACAGUCAAGUCAGCCAUGUAUCUGGUUGGCCGUCUCUGGACCUCCUAACCAUGGUAACUUCAGAAUGAAUGUGUUUGAAAAAAUAACGUCUUUACAGUGAAUGCACUCAUGCUGCGUUCCAGUUGUACUUGGAAGUCAGAUUAUCCGAGCUGGGAGCCGGAAAUUCCUCUGGAACGCACCCCUGAAGUCGGACAAUCCUCACCAACCCCAACUUGACGACUACGUCAUAAUCUAAAAUGGCAGCGCAGUGCAUUAACAGUAAAGAGUAACAUUGAAAGCUCUCAUAAUGUAUUAUUUAUUACCACUUCUGUUUUGUUUUUGUGAAAUUAAACAAGUGGUAUAUGUUGUGCUGCCCGAUGUCUAACUGUGAACACAGUGCUAUGGUGAUUGUAAGAGUAAACUGAAUAAAUUGUAUACUGUGUUAUGUGUUGUUUACAACUGGUAUAGCUAACAACAACUAACAACAACUGACAACGGCUAACGACAGCUAACAAUUGUAAACAACAGCUAACAACGGCUAACUGUAGGCGUCUAUCUUGAUUUUCCGACUUGUUAACUGGAAUGCCGUCAACUCGGGUGUAGCGUCAGUUCCAGCUCCAACUUCCAAGGUAACUGGAACGCAGCAUCAGAGUUACUUAGAUCCAAACCAUUUUUGUUAAAUAAGGCUGCACACAUCUUAUUUUGAUUCAAAAGUGGCUUCUUUUUUGCCUUAGUAUGUAUGUGGUUUCCAGUGGUACCGCAGACAGCCUCAAGUGGACACUGGAGGAACUGCACUGGUUAGCACCUCUGCAUCAGCUUCAUUUCUCCAGAGCAGAGGUUGCUGCUUGAUUCUGACACAGCUAUUAACUCGGUGGUCUAGUUGAAAACACCUGCAUGGGUGCACAAGGUGUUUAAUUCAGAGUUUGAUUAUAAUCAGUUUCCACAGCAGACUUUCUGCUGUGUCACAGCGGGAAAAUUACAGGUGUUACAUAUAAUAUUAACAACAGCUCCUUCCUGUGCAGAUGUACCAGUGUUACAGAGUUACAUGCCUCUCACAUUGUCCUGUGUAGAAACAAAUCUUAUUCCUGAUGUGUCAAGUUUAUCAUAAAUGUGUUUCCAUAACAACUCAAAAAAAAAUGUUGAAAAAGUGCGUUAUAAAUAGCACUGCAAGGUCAUUCUACAGAGCUGAUCAUGACCUGACUUUGACUCAUUCGCUGAUUCAGAACUACUACAUGCAGCCUUCUUAAAAUACAUCACAAGUUUAGAUAAGUGUCCCAUUACCACACCAGUAAUGCUGCUCAACACAACAAAGGCUUAAACGUCAAGCCAGAGGCAAUCUGUUCAUUAGUGGGGCUGAUUCUUGAGGACCCAAAAUAAACUGUAGCUGCCAGUAACAGACGUUUAUGUUCCCCCAACCAUGAAACUAAUCAGUGCAUUGUAACUAAAUUCAUUUCUUUAUUUGCUCUGCAGGGUUUGUACAGGAUGCUGUGACGCCACAACAGCCCUGUCUGAAUGCUGCAGCGUACGGAGAGCUGAAUAUGUGUUUAUGUAAUUUAAAAGAAGGCAGUUUACAGAUUAGAGAAAUAAUAACUAAUUGGGAUAAACAAGCUGAUGAUUUUUUUAAAGGGCAAACUCGAUUUUUUUUUCAGAGCAGUAGGAAGUCUGAAAGAAGCACAUCAGUCUAUCCCUGAAUUUAUAGUGUUUGGGAUCUAACAUGGAGGCAAACCACAGUGUUAAGAUCCUCAAAGCUCUGCAAAGUGCUUUUAAAUUCACUCAUCAGUUAUGAAAAGCAAUGAUUCAUAAACUCUAUCAUCAGCAUAAACCCUUUUUUUCUGUUCAGAGGGAUGUGACUUUCAUGCAAAUGUGUGUUGUGUGAUCACUCGACUUGCCGUGAAAUUCAGAGAACAGUGCAAAUAAGAAAUAUUUAGGAAAUGUUUUCCAGCAAAGUUGUCAAGGUUUAAGGGAUUAGGGGGCAUAAAGUUUUGUUCUUGAUAAACCAAGCUGUCCUGCUGUUCAUUUAAAUGCUCAUAGUUGUUUGCUCAGAGCCUUUUCAAUCUCAACUUUUCCCUCACCCUUCUGGUGACACGGCACAUUUGUGCUGCUGGCAAACAAUCUCUGCUUACUGAACUAACUAAUAGUCUCAUAUUUGAAAAUUAUUUCCCCCUCAAUGUGUGUUGUACAUGAAACUCAGCGUCACAUUUCAUCUCUUGAUUUGAUUAGGAGGCAAAUUAUGGCAAAAAAAGAUCAGAAUCUCUCUUCUUUCUCCUCUUAAGUCGUGCGUUGAUUGUUUUCAAAGAUUUCUGUCGGCCCCCUCUUUUUCAUACUGCUACAAGGCUUUUCCUAUGAUUCACUGUAACAGAAUAAAAAAUAGAAUAUCCCAGCUAUCUGCUCGUUUUAAAAUGAGUGUGGGUGGCAGGGGCUUGGUUGCAUAUAGACAGGAUCAAGUGGUAAUGUUUAUUCAUGUGUUUAAAUGCAGUAUGUGACCGGCGAGAGCAGCUUUAAAUUAUGAUUCUGUCACCUGUAUGCUCCGAGUUUCAGAUUGUGCAGCUGCAAAGGACCUGUGCAGGAUGACAGUCCAAAGUAAAUAAGCAAAAUAAACAUUCAGAGAUUAAGUUUUGAGAUUUAUGAGGACAUGUAUUUAGCUUGAGUACCAAAAACACCCCAAGACAACAAUGCCAAUCAAAUGAUUAAUUAGUGGACCUGUGCUGUGAAGAGUAAUUACUAUCAUGUUACACAAUACUGGCUUCAUCAGCUUGAAUUAAUUCAUUGUUGUUGUGCAACAAACAUACAUAAAGUGCAUAUUGAGAAAAUUAAAUAAAGAUGAAUAAUCACUUUGAUACAGACUCUUUCAGCCAAGAUAAUUAAAUGGCAACAUCUAUUGCCACUGAUUAGCAGAGCAGCAGAUGUCGUAGCCCGAUCUGUUUUAUUAUCAGCAGCAGUAAUUGAAAAGUAAAUGGAGAGCAUUUUGUCGCUCCAGAGGCUCCAUAGUGUCAGUGGUAUGAUUUUACAGUCUUAGCCCUGGAGGUCAGGGGUCACCUAUAGCUGGGAAAAUCAUAGCUUGAGCAAACAGCAGCACAAAUGAACCCGAGGUACAAGCCAGGAAACUGAGCAUAAUUCAUUACCUGAAUGGCGUUGUGUCUGCGCUCUUUCUUGGUAUCUCAGCCCUGCGGGUCAAAGGGUUAAAGAUGGUUCAGUGUGGGAGCUGAAGCCGCAGAUCAGGUGAGAGCAGGAGUUUCCAAUUAAAGCUAAUGUGCUCAGGGUGAGGUAUCUGGGGAGACGCGGCUGUCCCUGUUGAGCUCCACCUGUGCAGUGAUAGGCCACGUGUUGAUACCUUGCAGCCCUCAAGUUAAACUGGAUAUCAUGCUUUUGGCUCAUUUGACUUUAUUAGGAGUACAAACAACAACGACUUGCCUUGAAUAUUUCAGUUUGACAAACAAGGUCAUGUUUUUAGUGUCACAGAGAGGUGGAGUAAGACAUAAAGUCUGGAUAUGGGAAAAACAGCGGUGUACAGAUACUCUCUACUGCACUCUUUCUUUUGCAAGAGUGUCCCUAGUUAUAUUUAGGCAGAGAAUUAUGCAAAUUCAGGAUUAGUGAAUUGUGUUGAUGGAACUUGAUGCAUUUUCAUUGAAGAGAAUUCUGCAUUAUACAGUGGCUUAUCUUUAUUUGCAGAUUUUCCAUGAAGAGAAGAAUUUCUACCUGGAAGUCUGGGCAUUAGUUUAAGUUUUCAGGUUUCCAUUUAUGAUAGGCUCAUUGUCCAAAGUAGUACCAUUGACUGUAUAUAGAAUGGGCACCGUCUGCCCCUAGUUGGAUGGAGCCACCUUGAGAACAGCACCCUCUGGUGACGGGCUGCAGUAUAGGUCAUAAAUCCCGCCUCCUCCAGCAAUCCCUAUGGAGCUGUGGACAAACUUUAGAAAUUUAUUACACAGAAUAUAAAAUUUUCACCCCCCUGCUUGCGUUGUUGAGAUGUAGUAAUUUUAAGACUGGCUUGUGCUAAAGUCCUCUUUUUUUCUGUGCAGCUCCAUUUUUAAAAGUUAUUAGGGGGUUCAUGAUUUCUAAGAUUAAAGGUCCUUAGACACCGGGACCGUCGAUAUACGAUGAAUAUACGACACAAAAUUACGAAAUAUUCGGAGGCGAAUUUUGACGUGCCUGACUAUACACAUCAAGUGCAAUGCGAUUUUGUUAAAAAAAAAAAAAGACGCAUCCUGGGUGGGAGUGAGAAGACUGACACAACACCAGACUGACUGUUUUUCAGUUCUGAUUAGACACUAGUGUUGAGAUGGCUGUCUGUCAUGAUAGCAUGUACUGAGUCGGGGCCAGUACCAGAUAAACACAUUAAACUAUAAUCCAUGUACGUAAGGUAACAACCGAGACCUAAUGGUGCUGUGACAGCAACGCGAUUGAGUUUGAGACAGUGAAAAUACAUAUUGUAUGUUGUAUCUGAACAGGUUAGCUUACGAGCUAAAGUUACUUAGCACAGAUGAAAGUUAAAACAAAGACGUUUAGCACACUGUUAAAGCACACAAACUAUCGUCAUAUGAGAAAUCCGACUCUAUGACUCCUCAAGUUGUCCUUCAGAUUGUUAUCUUUGUAAUGUUUGUGUCUUUUAUCAAAAAGUUCUCUGUUCUCCAACACAUAAACAAUCAGCCGCUCGACCAUGUUGGAUAUACCGGUGAAUCUGACGUCGCAACAACAUGAAAUCUGAUUGGUCAGAAGUGGACACACAGUAUGUGAAACUUUGGAAAAAUCAACUGUGAUCAGAAAAAAUAAAUUCAGCAAUAUCACAGGAUGGGAAAAUGUCGCUGAUGUGAACGCUCGUAUUGACAGGAUACUGGUUCGAAAAAAAAUAUUGACGUCCGAAGUAAUUGCACGAAAAAAGCGGUCCUGGUGUGAAAGGACCUUUACACUUGGUACAGCCCAUCGGCGUACAAAGCUUACGAAGCUGUUUGAGCAGUGCGUCAUCACAGCGACUAUCCCACUGAAUACGUACAGUGCUACUGUGCAAGUGGUGGUUCUAGGAAGUGGAGAAAAUCCUGGAAAUCCCAAGAGCAAUUCGGCUUCAAAUUCAUGUAAUGGCGGAGAGCAGAGCCAAGUUGUCCAUGGUAUAUACAGUCUAUGAGUAGUACUCACCAGUGACUUUGGUAUAUGCAGUAAAAACAGUCCGUAUGGAGAGCAAAAGCAGGCUGAAUGCAAUCAGCAGUGAUGAUGUUGCAGCUCCAAACGAUGCAGCCUGGUGACCCUGAGACAAUCAGAUGGUGUAUUGAAAUCUGCUCGACACUGUGUUGUGACAGCUGAUCAGUGUUUGGAUUUCCAUUUGAAAUGAUUCAUCUGACCUCUGUUCAACAAACAAACAUUACUAAAGUUGUUUCCUCUCCUCCUGAAAACAGACCUGACAUGCCUUCAUGGUCUUGCUAUUCCAGCAAAUUAAAGACCUGUUAAAUGCUUAUCAAAUCAACAAGAAGAUAAUCUGUUAAUAUCGUUAAAGUAAACCAGAGUGAAGCCUCUGUGUAAUUUACUGCUUGCAGUGAUGAACAAGUACUCUAGCUUUGAACAAACCCCAAAAUGACAGCCUUUACUUUACAGACAUAACUAGAGGGCUGAAUUUUGCUUCACUGUCAAUUUCGAUUUGUUGUCUUUUGAACUGCAAAGAAUUGAGCACACAGUGAAGAGAGUUUUAGCUAGAAGUUAUGAAUCCUUUGCCGCUGGCUACAAAGGAAUACCUGAAAAUUUCACAGCCAUUUCCAGAGGCGGUAUGUUGUCAGGUGAUCAUAAAUGAGUUAAAUUUUAAACACCAGGUUAAUAAAGGUAGCCUGGUUUAACCUGCAUAUUGUAUCUAAUAACAGAGACAUUAGCCUUGCUGAUAAAAGAUAAACAAAUAAGGACAUAUUUGUACUGUACCUACAGUAAUAACACCAGGGAUGAACUCCACAUAAUGGGCACUGCAGCCAACCAGCAAUGACAUCCUGGAUUCAUUAUCCCUUUUAGAUGAACUGUGCUGGCCUCCCGAGGGGGAGUACAGUAAUUGUGUCUUUAGGGAUUUGUCAAGUCCCUAUUGGAUGGCAAUAAAUCACCAGUUGAGGAGGAGUGGAGGGAGACCUGAGAUGAACUUGUGUGACGAAGGUACCAUCAGUGCCCCAGUCUUAAUCACUAAAUGAGGAACCUGGAAUAAGUCACUUUGUCAUGUUUGCCUUUGGAACUCUGUGCCCGAUAUUUGGAGAAAGGACACUAUAUCGCUCAAUAUUAACCCUCAUCUUUUCCCUGGAUCGACACAGGAAAAACAUUUUCUUUCAGGGAUUACACGGACGGUUGUGAUGCACUUACAAUGCUGUUCGAUGGCAGCAUUGAUUGUCAGCGCUCUGACCGUCCCUGAAGUGCAGGUGGAUCAAUCUUGUGGCCUAAACGCAAAGCCACAUGAACAAGUUCUUAAAGCUUGUCCUCUCAACAUAGACCCUCCUCUGGGAUGUCUCUCUCUCGCUCUCUCUCUCUCUCCCCCUUCCCCUCUUGGAGAUGCUCAGGUCUACCAUAAUAAUCUGCACUUCAGCUUGAGUGACAAAAUCAAAAGGCAAUUUCUUAACAGCUAAAUCACACCAUGUGUGAUCUCCAGGGGUUUAAAAAAUCUCUCUUUGUCUCCCCUUUUCCUCUGCGUACUUUAAGUACAUGUAAUAGCUGAGAUCGAUGUGAGAUUACAGCUGUCACUCUUACAUUGCAGGGAGAAAAAAAAAAGGGUUUCUAAUCACUUCUGCACUCAAUGUAUCUUGCAGAGAAACUAAUUCGCAGCCCAGUGCAUUUGGACACAUUCCCAGAGUGAUUCUCCUGUAUGACUGAUUCUGGUUGUUUGGUGUCAGGGGAAUCAAUAGAUUGCUGUUUUGCUCAACUGGUUCCUUUUACGCAUCGUUCAGGAUUGCCUUCGCUUGGUAAUAUGUCCUCUCCUGGCUGUGUUAAUGGCCUGCAGCCAUAUGCUCCUCCAGCCUGCAUGACACCCCACCUUGUGUGGAGAUGGUUGGCAGCUCUUGCUCCUACUCCCUUCCCUUGCCUUCGCUCUCCAACAGCCACGAUUGCCUCAGCUUUCAGGCUCUCCCCUCCCCCACAGCCGUGCGCUCCCCCUGCCUUUUCCCCUCCAUCAUCUUCCUUCUUGUUCUCACUUCUGUACGGGUUGACUGGGAGCAACCCUCACAAAAGGAUCACACACUAAAACAGCAUAAAAAACACUUAGGGAAAGGCAGUGAAUUCAGUCUCUGUAAAGUCAAACUGUGAAAAACAGGUCGCUGAAUGCUUGUGGAUGUUUCUACACUUUAGCACUUGAUGGUGGUCACCAUAGAAACAGAUGAUCAGACAGGACUUGUGGCCACAAUAGCAGUGUCUGUAUCAAAAUUAGAUUUUUUUAAAAGCUAUUGCAGCCACUAUUUGUCCUCUCCUUUGUUACGUUUUAUUGAAAAGAGAAACAAGUCAGCCGUGAAAUGUCAAAACACUAAAACCCAAAUUAACCAGUCCUUUGAAUUGAACUUUCCUCUCUUCAGUAAGCUUAAACUCACCCCUGCUUCCUUAUAUUCUCUUGUUCUUCUGCUUUGCAUUACCAUAUUCAGCAGAGGAGCGGCUUAAUCUGUUGUAACACAGAUCCCAAAAUAAGACAAAGGGGAAUUCUGCUUCCUGUUUUGCACAAAUGAACAACAGGAUAAUUGUCUCGAAUUAAUUGUCUCUCCACACAAUCCAGCUCUGCAGCAAAGGCAUUUUUGUGCACAGCCCUGGCCAGAGCGAGCGAGCGAGUGAGCACCCGACAAUGAGAUCAGGAUGAAUCUUGGACUGCGUUGUGUGGUUGUAAUGCUGCUCUGUGUGUGCGUAUGUGCGCAGCGUCCAGAUCCUCAUGCUUGUUUUUGCUCGCAUUUUUCUCAUACAUAACACUUGAGCUGUUUCCACAGCCGUGAUAGACUGUCAGGGGACUUUGCUGACAGCACUGCACUGGUGAAUGAGUUUGCGUGUGUGUGUGUGUGUGUGUGUGUGUGUGUGUGUGUGUGUGUGUGUGUGUGUGUGUGUGUGUGUGUGUGUGUGUGUGUGACCAUUUGAGUGACUGAGUGAGAGAGAGAGUCAGACAAAAAGAGAAAGAGAGAGAGAGAAGGGGAGGUUAUUUGUGAAUUUGUCACUAAAUAGGAGCCUGCGUAUAGAGUCCCUGACGCCUACCCUUCUUUUUUUGUUGGUGACUUGCACUGUGAGAGUUCAUCUCGAGGAAUCAUUUGAAUAAACCUUCAUUUUCACAUAGCCGUCAAUUUGGAGUGUCAUUUGCUUGGAGCCUGGGGGUUGUUGAAUCAUAUAAUAGUGGUGAUUUCUUUUUUUCUUUUUGCACAAAUUCAGAUUGAGACCCUGCCUGAGUGGUGUGACAGAGCUGCUCCCCCUUUGACUCCCUCCUCCAUCCACAGGGGUAUAAGAGCAGAAUAUGUGGCUUACCGCAGGCUAAAAAACAGACAUGAUCCCCUGGCUUCAACAACCUGGAUUAGCUUCUUUUAGACGACCCUGUCUUUGAAUACCACUUAGAUUUUUUCUUUUUUCGGCUACUAUCAAGGCACACUGGCAGGCUGCCUCCGACUUUACAGUGCUCUUUUUUCUGUCCCAGCCCCCGAAGAAGCCGUUUUAUCUUCACUGUCACUCCUCUGACUGUGCGGCUGCCUCACUUUGUUAGACCAGAGGAGCAGCCAGCUCUGUGUUAUCAAGGAAAAAGUGCAUUUAUUUAGAGUCUCAAGCUGAGAUGGCUUUUGGGCAUCUAAAUCUCAGAGUUUAUUCUUGACACAACUUCCUGCCUCCUUGCCUUUUUUCUUUAUUCCAGUCUGUAAUGGAAUCAGCUGGGAGUCGGUGAAAUAUCUCCACGCUGUACAGUGCAGAUAGAGACACACAUCAUAUCUCACUGCUGUGUUGUCAUUGCCGUUUCAGCCCACUUUUUCAAACACCAUUUGAUUUUCUUAUUUGGAUUACGCCUGGAGAUUUCACUUGAAAACAUAUCUGUUGCUGAGUUGGUGAGAAAAAGUCUCAGCGUGAAACCAACCUGUACACAUCAAUGCAGAAAAAGUGUCCUCUUUGAUUUUCCAUCUUCUUCCCCCCCUCUGAAAUUCACCUCUAAUGAGAUGCCUUUUUUUUCCACGUCUGUCUUGAAUUUGUGGAUUCAGCGGAGGAUUAUUCUAAUGCUGCUCAUGCUGUCACAUGGAUAUUGCAUGCUGUGUGAAAGCAGUAAACUGCCGGGUGAACUUCAGCGACAAGGGGGGCUUCUGAAAGGAUUUCACACUUGUGUAGGAUUAAGGUAUACAUUAGCCAAUCAGCAGAGAUCAUAUAUCCUGCAGCCUGUGCACUGUUGGCAGGGUGACAUCGGCAGUUCUUACAGGAUGUGACUUUAUCAGCAAGUUGUCACAUCAUAUUUUCCAAGUUUGUUGCUGCUACUUAUCCUGUACUGUAUGCUGCAGGUAUUACUUUUUGCUAAGGUGAUCGGUUUGGUUUUUGACUGGUGGUGUACAGUCAAAAGUAACAAAUACAUCCAACAUAAAGUAUUUUAAUUGGAUAUUUCAGUAAAAUUUCAACCAUAUUCUUGUUUCUAUGUCCUAUUAAGGCCUUAAUUCAUACUACAACACAGCAUUACUCCUUUUAUCGCUGUUGAAUUGACACAUUUUCAACCCUCACUCAUCAAUUACUGCUGCAUGUCCUGUAAGACUCCAAAAUAAAACCACCUAUGUAAAGUAUAAAAACUUUUUGACAUGCAUGUUAUUCACAUUUUUCAAUGACUUAGAUGCAGUUUAUUUCAGCAGAUACCAAUAAGCUAAGAUUUGGUGAGCAGUACUUCAUAUUGUAAUACUCUGUACAUAAAGCUCCUGUGAGAUACUUCGUCUGUGUUGAUUCUGGCGCCCCCAAUUGAGUGCAGUGGAGUUUAGCAGCUCAAGGAAGAACGUUUAUGAUCAUUUCUUCAUGGAAAUGCAAUCAGACUGAGGCGCUAAGGCAGAAAAACUACAGCGUCUGCAGUGCAAAAUGAUUAUUAUGAUGAUUAUUACCUCAUGAAAAUGAUCCGCUGCACACAGUGAUCAACUCGUCAGGGCUCCCCCACAAACAAGCUGCUGCUGGAGGGGAGUGGGUGAGUUGUGUUUAGUCUCUUUGUUAAAGAAAUCAGGCAAAGCUAAAAAGAUGUUUGGUGGCUAGUAAUAUGACCCGGACCCCCAUAUGUACUGUUGAUGAAGUUAGGAGCUGCUCUGAGCAUUAUUUGUGGCUAUAGAGUGGCUAUUUGGUUGAGGUUCGUAUGUGGAGAUGUAGACCGCUGUGUAUUGCUAUCGUGCGGUCAUUACUAAAGUUGGUAUAACUAGAGAAACAAGCAGUCGGCAACAUUCAUCUCUCGAGGGGGUGUCUAACUCAGUGUUGCGGUGUGUUUGACCAUAGCUUAAUUUUACACUGGAAUAUCCCUUUAUAAAAUGAUAAUAAUUAUGCUUGUCCAAACUUUUGCUCUUUUUCCACAUUUGUGUCUUUAAGUUCUGGUUGCUAAUAGCAGCUAAUCAGCCAUCAAAUAUGCUUUUUAAACCUUUAACUAUGCCCCGCCUCUCUUCUGGUUUUAACUGUCUGUUGUCUUUGAGGCUGUUUAUUGAUCCUGGGGCUGUGAAAUGACCACAUCAGCUAUAUGACAUAUGACACAUUAGUAAGACUUGAAAACGUUAUUUGAGCUUGAGUGUGACAUCGAAAGAUGAUGGCCCAUUUAUAUAAUAUAGCUUUAUUAAAUAUUAAAAUGGUUAUUAGAGUAAAUGAACUCUUAAACUUACAUAUGAAUGCAAACUAACAACUUUAAUUUGCCUCAUCUAAUUUUGCUUUCUAUUCUGUUACCCCCCUCACAUGUACAAUUUUCCUAUGAUUAAAUAGAGAUAUUUCUAUUCUGUGACUAACACUUUAACAUCAUUCAUCAGCAGCAUGUUUUAUAAAUAUACUAAAUAACACAACUGUGCCUUUCAUUUGGUAUUCAGUUACAACUAAAAGUGAUCUGCAUGUGAAUAAAACUUGUUAAUUCAGUAGUGCUUCACCACAAUCCAAAACAAGGACUAACGAACAGCAACAAACAUGUACCUUUGGUUUGGACAUGUAGGGCCACGAGCUGCCCAAACAAGUAUGCUUAAUUUGCUGUUAUUGUUGUUUCCACAUUUAUUUACAGCUCCUUCUCGACCCUCCUGUCACUUAGCAUGGCAUACAAUUCUCCAGCUGUAUUUUCUUGCUGGGGAUUCACUUGGACGUGAUACUCUCCAGCCAACCCUCUAUCCAUAACAGGUUAACCCUUGUCCUCCCACAAGCACAGGAGUCACUUAUUUACUGUCUUCUUUUGACAGAAUGUUUUACUUUGUGUCCUGCCACUCUUUGGAAUAUCUAAAAAGAAGUCAUUUCUAUCUGGCUUUUUUUUUUUUGAGCAAACUUGUCAGCCUGACAGCAUGUUGUUUUCGCUGGGCCACAAUCAAUCAGUAGAUGUGAUGUUAUUUGGAUGAAGAUAAACAUCACUGCGCUUUUGUGAACAUGUAACAGUUUCAUUUAGCAGAGGCUUUUGUCGAAGUCACCUAAAGAUGACGGUUAUACGAGCAAAGAUCAAAACAGGAGACAACACCAAUAAAAGGAGCCGUGAACUAUUUUUAGUCUGAUUGCAUGUCAACACAGGUGUUUGAGGCAAUGCACAUCACGUGUAAAUGCUGGUAUUUUAAAAUAUCAUCAUCAUCAAAGCAUCAUCAUCAUCGUCUUCAUCUUAAGCACCAAACUAACAAGUGCAGAGUUGUGCACAUAAUGCUGGGCCCUCAGUGGUAGGAAGGGACUGUGUGGAUCAAAUAUAGUGGGGAAUUCUUUCCACUGUUUGGGAUUACAGAGGAGAAGAGUCCAGUUUGAGUGCUUAGCACAUACUGGGAUGUAAAUAUAUAGAUCCCUUAUAUAUAUUCUAAUAAGAAGAUCCAGAUUUUCACACAAAUACUUUGAAGGGGGGAAAAAAGUCUUCUGUUUGGACCAGUGUUGGUCAAGUGUAUCUUUAUCUGCUGAAACUGGUGAAAAAUGUGACUGGUCUAAUUAACUUAAAACAGGGCCUAUGUUAAUAAAGGUCUGAUAUUAAGACAUGAUAAGAGAACCCUUUGUUAGUCCACAUCAGUGUAAUUUGCCUCGUUGAAGACUUCAUUACCAAAAGAAUUGAUAACUACAAACCAAUUAAUCACUUUUUAACUCACAAAAAAACAAAGAACAGUUCUGACUCCUCAGCUGUUAUUUUUACUCUAACCAAGAAAAUUCAGGUACAAAGUACAGGAUUUUUUUCCAAUGUAGGUGCACUCCUGUAAAUGUAAUGAUCUCUUUAUCAUGUUUAAUCUGCAUUCAGCCUCUGGGUUGUCAAACUAAGUAUGCUGACUGGAUUGGAUAACAUCAGACACCCAUAUAUCACCCAUAUAUCCGUGGUUAAAGACAUGUCUCUGAUGUUGAUCACACUGUGCAUUAAGAUAUUGCAUCAUACAGAGCAGGUCUGCAAAGUAACAGUGACUCAGGAUGCAGAUCCAAUUACACUAUUAGCUGAAGAAAUCCUUGAUCAUCUGCCUGGUACAACAUUUGUUCACCGAGUGCUGUAACUUCAGGGUUUUGAUCAGUGGUUGCUGGAGCUUUGGGUUGUCUCUAUCGUGCUCUGUGGUUAAUAAAUACCCGAGGAAUCAGCAUUACAGCACUCAAUGCUAAUGUUAGCUAACAACUCUUCAGGUGACAUGAAAGAUUUGUUGAGUGAAAACUAAGAACUGUGUUGUCAUAAAACAGUGUAAACGAUAUAGAACAGUGACUCCAUCAUUGCUCUGCACCUGUCCUUCUCUACAGUCAAUAGUAAAUGACCUGACACCAUCAGCUGAGUUGUAAUACGCAGACUUGUUCAGUUGAUAAAAGCAAGUUUUAUGACUACAAAACAUUUUAUACUUAGCUCACAUCAUGACAAAAUUUAUUUAUGCGACUUUAAGAAAAAACCUUUCAUUUCCCAUCAACCGCCAACAGCCAGAGUAAUAGGACGACAUGGCCCAGAAGUGAAACUGAAGGGAGAGACUGUAUAAAACAUGAAUGAGGCCUCACUGGUUUCUGGUCAAUUUACCAUGAGGCAUAGAGGUGGAGUUGAGGCAAGCCUUAAGCCUCCUCACUCACAGCUACAGUGCCCGCCUGUCAUUCCCCCCACCCCGGUUCAGUGUGUGUGUGUGUGUGAGCAGAUAAAGAAAUGAGAAAUAAAUGUGUUUAUUUAUGAUACAAAGAUAUUUGUAUGGGUGUGUAUGCAGCUUCUUGCCUCUGGAGCCAGCCUCAAGUGGACCCUCGCCCAUUAUUCAGCACUCCUGCAGCGGCUUCAUUUCUCAGGCCUUGAAGUUGCUUCUUGAAGGAUACCUACAACAUCAUAUUUUACAUCCUGCCACUGCUGCAUUUGCUCACUCAAGGGUGAAAAAGAGCUUGUGAUUUUAGCUGAGCCAAAACAGCAUUAAAGCUCACCCAGAGUCAUGUUUCAGGUCACCUGGGGGUCUUCUCUUGUGGAGGAAUACACGUCACCGAAGAUGCUUGAUGCUUAACAAGGCCCUUCAGAAUGUUGCUUUUUUACAUUUCUGUUGUCAACUGUUAAGUUUGCUGAAACCAGGCUUUUUUGCUUCUGCUGCAGCAUUUAAUCAUGAUAAUGAAAAUUUCAGGCAGUAAAACUGAAACAUCAAGCCAAUAGAUGGUAAAAAAAAUAAUUUUAUUUAGGUAGGGAAAAACAGAAAUUCUCAUUUUUUGUGGUUAUCUUAUAAACUUUCAUGUUUUAUUCUGGUUUUAAUUUAGAAAUGAAUUAACUAGUGCAGCUUUAAAUCACUUUGACUGACAUUCCUGAUACUUCUCCGAUGUUGCAAACCUACUUUUACAAAAGAAAAGUUCUCUGGCAUUUCUUGUGACAUUUAGGUUGAUUUAUUACUUUGAAACAUGGGGAAAAUGUGAGAAAAUAAUAUGAACUAAGGUCUCUAUUACUCUUACUCGGUGAAAAUGCAGCUACUAUGAGAUACAAGGUUGGGAUAAAUUCAUUAUCUGCAUGCUGAUGUUUUUUUUUUUUCAUUGUAAAACAGUGAGAAAUAAGUCACUGAAAGUGGUGGUAAAACGUUUAAGGGUGUGUUUAUUGGAUCAUAAACCAUCAAUAAUAAUGGUAGCAUUUACAGCAGGAGUUAUUCCUCUGACAGAAACUGUGGUGGAGAGUAUCUGAUUGUUCAGGACAUUACUGCCAAAAGCCACUCCAUCAGGGAUUUGAAAUGUUUUGGUAUUGCUGUCUACAGAGUCACAGAGAGGAACAGACAACCAUUUACUGAAAUUAGAAGUGCAAUUGAUCCACGCAGCAACAAAUUUAGCUCUUAGUGAACAUAAUGAGGGACCGUCUCCUCAUGGAUUUCAGUGAUUUUAUUUUCCCGUCUGGUAUCUUUGGUGUCACCGUCCUCCACCUACAGCUGUGAUGCUGUUAUAGGAGCAGCUGCAACUCACUGGGAAAGUCAGUUGACUUUUUUUCCUGUGUGCAAAAGUGCCUUUGAGCAAGAUGCCGAACCACAAAUUGUCCAGCAUUGUAUAAAUGUGUGUGAAUGGGAUUACUGUGAACAGGCUGGCACUGCAUGUAGCAGCCUUUGCCAUCAGUGUUUGAAUGUGACUUGAAGGGAAUUUGGCAUGUAGUGUGUGAUCACUGUGAGUGUUCAAAAGACUACAGGCGUAAGAGCGAUUCAUUUAUUAUGUACUUUACCCAGAAUGAGUUAAGAGUUUAUAAAUCUGCUGAUGUUAUUUUGAUUUAUUGUUCAGUAGCCUACAGACUGCAAAAAGUGAUCAUCAAACUGUAAAUAAUUAAAUUUAUUCAUCAAUAGCUGCUGUUUGACAGUUUUUAUUUCUAUUUAGCUUAGUUAAUGACCUUAAAAUAGGUUGAUAAAGAAGCGUAUAGUGAUCCUGUUGGACAAUCUCUGGUCUCAGACUCUGAAGAGAAAGAAGUUGUACUUAAAAAAAAUAUUGUCUCAGACAUGAAGGCCAUAAAAAAAAAAGAUUAGCUGAGCAAUGAUUGACUAUUUGCCUUGUUAUUAGAGAUGUGUAGGUCGCAAACGAACCAGUUCAAAGAGUCAGCUCCUGUUUGUGAGCUGUUUUUUUUGUUUGUUUGUUUGUUUGUUUGUUUCUUUUUACCUCCACAGACCGUAGAAAAAAACUACAAGGCUGAAUGACGGGAUUUCUAUCUGCUUUGUGUAGCAGAGUGGUUCUACAAGCAAGUCAGCGCAAUUACUGGGUGGUUUCAGAGUUACAAGGGUCUGUAAAUGCAAUGAAAACAAUUGGCUAAAGCAAUUUACUGAUAAUAGAAAAUGUCAUUUUCACUUGCAAAUACUUCAGUACAAAGGAUGUAUUGAAUUAUUUCACAUUAAAAAAUACAAGAAUAGCAUAGAAGUAAAGGAAGAAUCAUAUCUAAAGAACCCUGAUAGAUGAUUGUGGCAGAGAUCACACCCAAUUAACUUCAACAUGCCUCCAAAGUGUGCUAUAUGAGAAAAAUCAUUAAUCAUUCAAUGCAUUAGAGUCUCCUUUUAAUAAACCUUUUGCUAAGUCAAGUUGAUGCUGAAUGCAGUGUUGCUAUAUCAGCUGUAAGCUGCACACAAUGACUGCAGGAAACCUUGACGGAGUCAAUGCAGAACUCUAAAUUAAACAUGGCGCUCGCACACUAAGACAGAACUUUAGCGAGGACUUCAUUUAAUCAUGACAAAAGGUGAACUGCUUGCAGCAAAUAACUAAAGCCUGUACUAUAUUUACCUCAGUAUAGAUAGAUGAUCUUUAUUCAAAAACAGCUGAUACACACCACAUUAUUGUACUUUUUAAGUCUUAUUUCAUUUGUUAUCUCUUCAAAAGUAUUUCCACAAAGUAGUCAGUGUUGCAGGAUUUUUGUAUUUUCAGGUAAAAUGAAGAAUUAAGUUUUUAAAUGACAAUAGUGACAAGAGAUUGGAAAGAAACUUUUAUGUGUGGAGAUCUGUGUGGUCAGUCAGUUAAAUGAGCUGAACAUACAGAAACUUAUUUCACAUGUUUCUAUAUAUCUUGUUUUAAAAAAACAACAUCAUUAUGAAUCUCAAAUGGAGAAAUUUCCUAAUGAACAAUUUUCGAUUUCACUUUCUGAAACUUUCACGCUUCUAACACAACAAACCAGCUGUGACAACACUGCAAAGCGCACAUCUGAUGUGUUUUCUUUCUUUUUUUCUCUCAUUGGUGUGAUGUCCCGGGUGUGUGCGUGCGCCUGUGUGUGAUGUCCCCGGCAGCAAACAGCAGCAGAGACAGGAUGGGAUUUUUGUUUUCUCCUGCUGCGACUGUGUUUACAACACAAAGCUCAUAUGAUACAGAUAGAGGUGCUGUGAGGACGUAAUAAAACACAUUAGUGUAGUACUGUUGAAGUGAUAGAUGAUGGAGGUAGAGACCUUUGUGUUUGUUUUACAAGCAGAAGCAAAAAGUAGCUAAAAUAAAUCAUUUAAUCCGUUCACCGAAAAGCCUCUAAGCUUCCCUCGCUGUUCUAACUCUGAUUCUUUAUUGAUUAUUUGAUCUCGACUGAUUGAAAAUCAGUUUCCGUCAUUUCUUUUCUUCAAACUGUUUUGUUUUAAAACAGACUUUUGUUUUGUGUUGUCACUGUUUCUUUCGCACAAACUCAGCAGUGAGAAGGUUUAUGGCUGUCGCAUGCACACAUUCCUACAGUUUUGUUUCCAUAGAAACACUGAGUCUCAGGCAGGCGUGUGUUUUAGAGUUACAUAAGCCUUUGCCUGUAGUACGAAACACACACCGACACGGGUAUUCUUAUUUGUCUAGAUUCCUAUUUUUAGGAAGCACAUUUGAAAACUGAUGUGAAAUCAUGUUUUGUUAUUUCACACUUGGUGCUAUUUUUAGCUCUGUGACUGUACUUUGCUGUGAUCUUCGGGUCUCUGUCUGAUAUCUUCCUCUAUAUAAGUGUGCAUUUCCAUCACUGAUCAGACCCCUUAAGUCCUGGACUCAGUAAAGAUCGAGGUGUACCGUUUACUUCUGUGUUUAUUACAUUGUGGGCUGUAUGAAUGUGGGUGUUGCAGAACAGCUGGUCUGGAGAAGCACAACUGUAUAUACCCCAUGCAGCUGUGAUGCUUAUUAGGCACCGACCAGGCAUCAAUUAGUGAAUAAUGCAUGGAGAAUCAUAUUCAUAACACCGGCUGUAAAUGAGUUGAGAACUUUUGCUGGAUUUUGAACAUGGUACUGUUUGUCAGACCCUCUGUAUUGUUGAGAAUUUUAUUUUAUUGUGUGGGUUGAGCGGCUCCAGAAGACAGGGGGGUUGGAUUCAGCCCCCAGGCCUUCCAGGGUUCAUGGGCAUCCAGAGGUCUGACAGUCACUCAUACAGCAUCUGCAGCAACAAAAGAGCAUUAUUAAUAGAUGAAAGACAAAGCUAUAUAUGUGUCUUGUAGAUUACUGUAGUAACAUUUUGCUCUGGGCACUUUUUAUUUCCAACCUUUGUUUUUUUCUUUUUUUUUUUCUGUCCAGUAAAGCUGCUAUCGAUUCUUUAGUCCUGUAUUUACUAACCCAACCUCCAUUAAACAUCCACCGUAGUGAAAAAAAGAAGGUAUGGCUGACUUCUGGAGGUGAUAAACAAGCUGCUCGAAAGCGCUUUUCUCAGAAUCAGUGCAUGUAAGCCUGCUGAUGAUCAAAUGCUGACUGUGUUUUGGCUGCAGGCAGCUUAAAAAGGCUCACAAUGCAAUAAGCUUUUCAUUCACACUUAACUCUCAAUCGCUCCGGCCUGAAAGUCCUCAUUAGCGUCGCCGAUUUUAUUCACCGCAGCACACUUCCAUAUGCCCAAAGGCUCAGAGACUCUGAAGCGACAGUGCAGAAGUAAUACUUUGAAUACCCUAAACGCACUUGAUGUUCACUCUCCUGCACAUCUGCCGUUGUGUACAGAGCUGUUACCACUGAAUUAUUUUAUAACCUUGGGAAUCGGGCAGAGUCACAGAUGCCUCUAGUUUCUGAUGGUGACGUCUACACAAUGAGCUGCAGAGUCUCACUGUGUGAGUGUGUCUCAGUCUGGACUCAACCGUCUGAGCUCGAACAAUAUUAAUCUGGUAAUUAAAACAUGUGAUAAUAACACAGUGCAGUCACUGAUUUCCUAAUGGAUUUCAACGAGUCUCAGCAAGAGUGCCUCCAGCCAUCCGUCUGUACUAAAACCAGAGCUUUUAGGACCGAUAUAACCGAAUUAGAGUUUUGUUUAGGAUAAAAACCUAAUUAUAGAUUUUCUAUGCUCACUUUUACUGAGAAAUUGAAUGUGUUUUUUUCAGCUGCACUUUGACAGACAGUGCUUUGGUCUCAGUACUGUGAAAUGAUAUAAUACACAGCAGCUUUGAUAGCAGCUGCUGAAAAUCACUAAUAAGCAUCCAAUAAGAAAUGUUGCUGAUCGUUUAUUCAAACCUUGUGGUUUUGCUAAUUGCAUUAAUUUGUUUCCCAGGACAAGAGGAGAAUAUUUAAGCAGGGAUUUAAUUCAGAGUCCCCUGUGAGGGAAAUUUUAUCCUUAAUUCAUUACAAAACGUGCAUCUUCUGCUGAAUUUGCACAGCAUGGCUGCAUGUUCAACGAAUGCAAACCCUGCAUCUGCUAAAUUGGAUAUUUUGUUGUAAUUUGCAAACUCUAAAUGACACAAUUAAAUGCGUUAACUGAAAUUGUGGCACUCAUUUUUGCCUUUUUUCAAGCUGAAUAAUAUUAUGUAAGAAAAGCUUUGUGUUAUUCUUCGUGUUUCUGAUUAAACUGGAUUCUCUUUGUUGUGUCAGAGAGCUUCACAGACAUUUCACUCGAAGUCAGACCUCCUGCAGCCUUCGCCUGCAGCCGUUACUCCUCUGGGUUUGCCUCUCCAGAAAUUUGAUUAUCUUAAUCCUCCAUCUUUUGUAGCUACCAGGCAAGCUUAAGAUGCGGACUGAACUGUUAAGUAGCAUGAGAGUCGAUGUGGAGAACGCCUGUUUGUUAUCCUGGAAGCCUGAGUUUUUUUCCCUGCUCAAAAUAGAACGAACAAUAUUGUUUUAUGUCUUCCUUGGUUUAGCCUCGACCUUUUUAUUUAUGCAUUCCUGUGGAGCUUUGACAAAACAGCAAGAAACUUAACACUGAAUAAAUCAAAUUAAUGUCAUACUGUGUUUAAUCAGGGAAUAUAUAUGACGAGAGCAUUGGCAGUUCUUUAUGAACAGUCAUUUCAGAAUGAAUUAGGCCUUUUAUGAUUAACUAAUUAGCUAAACAAACACAGCAAAUAACUCAGCCGUACUUCUAAUUAUUUUUCAAGUUAGGCUGGAAAUUGCUCCUAAACAUCACGUUUGGAAGCUGAAAAGUCCAUUAAGCUUUUUAUUUAGGCAGCUGGCUCUGUAAUACAGUAAGUACUCAUUCACUGAGGCACUUUUGUUUGCAUUAUUGUUGGCUCUGUGAUCCAAAAUUGCAAGGAUCCUGAUGAAUACCGUCUUGUUUAUGGAACUGUGCCAAGCAUAUAAUUAAAUCAGAGCUCUGUUGUUUCAUGCUGGAGUCAUGAAAUACUUCAUGUUGAAAUUUUAGCUUCUAGUGCUCUGGCCCGUGGAAAGGCAAAGACACAUAAUUCGUCAUCAUUUGAAACCUCCUGCAAAGGGAUCUAUGUGUGACCAAGUUGUGGUUUUCUCUUUGACAGGGAUGACCUGCCAAGCGAGGACGUCGUAUACAGAAGACGAGGUUUUGUGGGGACACCGCUUCUUCCCAGUCAUCUCCCUGGAGGAGGGUUUCUUUAAGGUGGACUACUCGCAGUUCCAUGCCACGUUUGAAGUGCCCACCCCUCCGUACAGCGUGAAGGAGCAGGAGGAGGCCCUGCUGCUCUCCUCGCCCCUCAUGGCUCCGUCCCUGUGCAACAGCGGGGACAAGAACAGCUCCCUGGACUGCCUAGAGACCCUGGAGGACAAUGACAGCACCACCAAGCUGCCCACCAAGCUCCAGAAGAUCACAGGGCGGGACGGCCUGCCCAAGAAGCUGCUACGGAUGAGCUCCACCACAUCAGAGAUGACUUACAGCUUUGGAGAUCUGCCCAUGAAGCUGCAGCGAAUCAGCUCUGUUCCCGGGGUUUCUGACGAUAAGAUGGCUGGCAAGGCCUCCAAGAUCAGCACAGAGCCCAUGAGUAAGUCUGUGGCGGACUUACCUCCCAAGCUGCAGCGACUUGCUGGGGGAGGAGGAGGCAGGAUGGACGGACACCUGCCCCCAAAACUCAGAAAGAUGAAUUCAGAUCGCUUCACAUAAAGCAGGCGACAUAUUUUAACUAAUGCCAUUCACCUUUAUUCCCCGACCUGAAAUCCUUGUACUAUUACCCUUUUAUUAAUGGACAAUAUUCUUAUAUUAAAAGAAAUGUAGAAUAUGUGCACAAAUACCUUAUAUAAAGUAGGGUGAUGGAAUUGAGCACAUUUGCUCCUGGCUAUAAGUGUAUACACGCUAUGGCGAAAGACCUCCGAUAUUUUUUUUAGGAUGAUGUAAAAUUAGCACAAUCUGGCAUGUAAGAAACAGCGCAUGUAGAGCAGACUCUCAAUAAUUUCUGGCAUGACAUUUAUUGAUAUCUUAUUUUACAAAAAAAAAAAAUCAUUAGUGAAUUUACUGACGGUGAAAAAUUGCACAAAGCCAUAAUGAUUUACGAUGUGGACAACCUACAUUACACGGUUCUGAUUUGUGGUGACAUACGAAAGGCACAUACAUUUGUUUUGAGUUGAUUGCUUUUGUUGUUUAAUGUAAAAUUGUGGCAAAUGUUCUGUUGAUUGCAUGCUCCUCUUAUUGACUUAGCUAUACAAAGGUAAUAGACAAAGAUGUUUAGCCUUAACUAUAUUACCUUGUUUCCAUUUUCACGUUUGUUCACAGCUGGGUUUUUUGGUAUUUCAUAUAUAGACUAUUUUACCAUGUGCAAUUUUAUGACUUUAUUAGUUGAUCAAAUACAGAGUAUGUUGCUAAGCGAUGCAUUUUUCUACCUGAGAAUGCAUUAAUGGCAUCAUAUGAGCUGUCUGAACUGGGCAUACUGCUACACAAUUUUCACUUGCUUAUUAAAGUAACACUUAAGUUGAAAGCGUCGAUACUUGUACUUGAUAAGCACAAAACCAUCCUAUAAUACCCUGUGAUAUUAGAAAGCAUUUAUGAAUAUUUUGUUAUUGAUGAACUGCUAUAGGGCAGUAGCUCAGUACUGUGCAAUCACUUUAUGUCAUAAUAAAACCAACUUAAUCUUCAGUAGGCCUGUGUAGUGACACAAAAACACGUCAUUAGAAUUUCAACUUAGGUGUUACUGGUUAGAUUAGAGGUGGGCCUGUAAGGAAACCAUAACCUUUUUGUCUUAAAGGCCCAUAAUCUCCCUCCUCUGUGAUGAAAGCAAUAAUAUUAUAAUGAAUAUAAUCUUUAUAUAGCCACAGGGUCUACCACAGCCCCAUAUUCACUCUGUUUACUGAAUCCAUGCCAUGAAAUCUGGUUUUCUCUAAAUGCAUCAAAGACAUUGUAUGAUACCCAAUCUCUUCAGGAAUAAAGAUCUAACAUACCUGUUUAGCAUCUUGCUACUUUGACUAAAUUUAAUGCGUGCUUAGCAGUCCAAAUCAAUAGAAAGUUAUUAGUAUAGGGUGCUUUAGAAUUAUAGGAGGCUAUCGACACUCUUACCUCACAUUUAACUCUAAAUAAUGAAGCCAAAGGCCGGUUAUCAAGGAACAGCCAAAGCGAGGCACAUCCAUAUCACUGUGUGUGCACAGGCUCACACCUCUGUCUGAUCAGCUUCAAGAAAAAGAGUUUUACCGGUGGGGGAUAGAGCACACUUUCAAUGUGUGGUUGACAGCUAGAUGAGCGGCUCUAUGCCACCUCUGUACAAUAUUAAAUAAAUUGUAUAUGAUGUGACAUUUGGAGGAAAUUGACUUCACUUUUACAGCCAAGUGUUAAACAUUAAGCUACAGAUAGCAGCUCAGUUUCUCAGUAAAAAGAGGGGCCAGCCUUGGAGAGUCACUUAUAUACUCUUCCUAGUGAGGUUAUCUAGUAGGACAGAGUUUUAGGGCCACACUCAAGGAAAAAGGCGAAGAUUUAACCUUUUUAAAAAAGACACAUUUUUACACUCAUUUUCUCAGAGGAAUAAAGUUAUAAGAGAAUAAUUUUUUCAAUAUAAAAAAACCAAAGGAAAAUCAAGUUGUAUGGUUACAUUUAGAAGUCAAAUUAUUGAAAAAAUAAAGUCAUAGUCAGGUCAGAGUAUUUUGAGAACAGAGUCAUCAUGUUCUGAAAUUAAAGUCAUGAUAAAGUAUUUUGGUUUACAGAGAGCAGCCUGCUGUCUGAAUCAAAAUGAGGAUCGUGGAGCGACUUGUUAAAUUGGUCUUGAUGUUUGGCACCUCAGCACUACACUGUAAUAAGUAUCAGGACUGUGAAAAGACUGUGCUUUAUUAUGCUGCUAAUUGGUCACUCAAUUAACAACUUUUUUUUAGAAAGGACUUUCUAGGGAUUUAAAAAAUAGACUCAGAAAAAAAAUCUGUACAUCUUAAAAAGGAAAAUCUAAACCAUUCUAAAAAAUCUAAAAUCUUUUUUUCUUUAAUGUGGCCUUAAUACUCUGUUGUAACAUGAUAAUUAAUGUUCUUUAAGGAUCCUGAUUAUUUGGGUACAACAAAUUUGUGCAUGUUUUAAGUGUUUUUACUAAGUUGAGCAAACCAGAUGCUCACCGAAGCCUCGUAUUAACUUUGCUGCUUUAAAGGGAGUUUCUAUCUCAUGACAAAAUAUAUACAUGUCUGUCUUAUUGUUUCUGAGCACACGCAUUAUUUAUUAAAUGAGCUGUAAAAGCAAAGCCCUCUAAAAGUCAUAAACUUCAAUGAUCACCUCACAUUUUUAAGAUGAACAUAUGCUCUAGUUGAUAAAACGACCAAAACCCUGAUAUAAAAUCUCAAGGGCUCAGAUGCAGAUGAUUGCAUCUUUUUCUAGUCAGUGGGACAGUCUACAAACUAUAUUUAACACAAAAAAAUACACAACUCACUCAUUUAAACACACAUUUAAAGACACAUAUCUGUGCAAACUCGUGUAACCAAAUCUGUGCCACGUAAAGCAUUGAACCUGGACACUCAGCCGGUGUUUUCUUCCCACAUUUUCAAAGUUUUGAUCUCAGCUGUUGUUCAUAUUUCCCUGCACCCUCUCCACUGCUGGCAAAUAUGCAAAUAUGUGUAAAUACUAACUGCAUUUGAGGAGAUUCCUGGAAGUCAUCGCAGAGAUAAAGUCAAAGGUAUGACUGUAGGUGUAUCUUAAUUAGUCGGUAAAUUCUUUCUUCGCUACAGGAUAAUCCAUCUUUUAGUCUGAAUUUAAAAUAAUCCUGUUGGAUGUAUCAGGAUAUCAAGACUGCGCUCUACAUUUCCUCCUGACUCCAAGGGAAUGGGAUGUAAAUCGCUUUCGGCUACCUUAUAUAAGCACUUGAUUUGCCAGAAAACAAUUGCCUUUUUAUCACCACAGGGAUCUUUGCCCUGUGUCACUUUGUUGUUUUAUUUCUCAUCAUGUGUGCUCUCCCCGGCAGUGCCAAUAAUGCCUCUCCACAGAAAUAGCAUUUCGAUGCUAAAAUAAUUGACUCAAGUGUAUUUGGAAAAGGUGGGAGGAUUUUAGUAGGAGGCAAGAAAAAGGGUUAGUCAGACUUAAGAAUCCUGUUUGCUGUCCAGAAAGAAAAUGUAAUUCUUUGGAAGGUGUUUUGAUUCCCGUUGUUAUCAGGUUUCUUGACAAAUAAUCUCUGUCACAGACUCAGCCUAUGGCAAAGAAAACAGCUGCCAAUGCUUGCAGGACAAAUGAAACCCAAUUUUGCACUGAAAUGGCACAUUUCUAUUUCUCAAAGGCUGUUUUGAAACCAAAUGGUUCCCUUGGGUAGCACACAAUCAAAUUUAUUUACUUCAAGAGAAACAACUUUCUGCAUUAGUAAUUUGACUCCCAGACAAUGAGACUAAGUUCAUUGUACAUUCAGAAAUAAAUAUGCCAUACUGACUGGCUUCUGAAGCGCUCCUCUCACUUCUUGUGCCACAUCACAAGCGUCAAGAUGGGUCGAUACAUGACACAUCGCAUAUGAAGAAUGGUACAACAUAAGAGCCCAGUGCUGGUGACUUUGCACUACAUUGCAAACUGCUAAAAAGAACAAAUGUCCCCCCUCACACCAGUCAUUUUCUGUGUUGCUUGUCUAUCAGUGCAACUGUGUCUGAACAUGCAAUUUUAGUUCUUCAUGAGUGACUGCUUCCAAAUAAAGGGUGAAAUA